AUGUCUGCCUUUUUGCGUACCGUCCGACCCACGUAUCGUGCUGCAUCGCGCCUUGCGCCUUGCACUGCGGCUCCUAUCCGCUCGUUGCAGACAUCACGUAUUGCUGCGGCUGUCAAGACGCUGUACACGCCCGAGCACGAGUGGAUCCGCUACGACGACGCGUCGAACGAAGGUGUAAUUGGCAUUACCAACCACGCCCAGGACAGUCUGGGUGACGUUGUGUUUAUUGAGCUCCCGAGUGCUGAUCUUGAGGUCGCCAAGGGAGACCAAAUUGGCUCUAUCGAGUCGGUCAAGGCCGCCUCCGACAUCUACUCGCCGGUCAACGGCAUCGUCACGGACGUGAAUGUUCAACUCGGCGACCAGCCGAACCUGGUGAACAAGAGCGCCGAAGCGGAUGGCUGGCUCGCAAAAGUGAAGCUCUCCAACCCUUCCGAUUUGGACGAACUGUUGAACGAGGAGGCGUACAAAGCCACGCUCGAGUAG